AUGUCGUCCUUCACACGAGCCAUUCGCCCGGCCCUCCAGGGCGGCCGCCGCGCCUCUAUCCUCCUCACCCAGCGCCUUCCCACGAGCCGCGUUUCAAGUCCUGCCGUCGUCACAGCUCUCCGCUCCCUCUCAACCACAGCGCCCCGCCGCAACAACACCGCCGGCGUUGACCUGUCCGAGAUUCCGCCCACGCCCAUAUCGCACCUCUCCGAGGUCGAGGCCGCCAUGGCCGACGCCGUGUCCAAGUUCGCCACCGAGGUGGUGCUCCCGCGCGCGCGGGAGAUGGACGAGGCCGAGGCCAUGGACCCCGCCGUCGUCGAGCAGCUCUUUGAGCAGGGCCUCAUGGGCAUCGAGAUCCCCGAGGAGUACGGCGGCGCCGGCAUGAACUUCACUGCCGCGAUUAUCGCCAUCGAGGAGCUUGCCCGCGCCGACCCCUCCGUCUCCGUCAUGGUCGACGUCCACAACACGCUCUGCAACACGGCCCUGAUGAAGUGGGGAUCCGAGGCGCUCAAGAAGAAGUACCUGCCGCGCCUCGCCACCAACACCGUCGCCUCCUUCUGCCUGUCCGAGCCCGUCUCCGGCUCGGACGCCUUCGCCAUGGCCACGCGCGCCGUCGAGACGGCCGACGGCUACAAGAUCACCGGCUCCAAGAUGUGGAUCACCAACUCGAUGGAGGCCGGCUUCUUUAUCGUCUUUGCCAACCUCGACCCCAGCAAGGGCUACAAGGGCAUCACCGCCUUCAUUGUCGACAAGGACACCCCCGGCUUCAGCAUCGCGAAGAAGGAGAAGAAGCUCGGUAUCCGCGCCAGCUCCACCUGCGUCCUCAACUUUGACGACGUGGUCGUCCCCAAGGAGAAUCUCCUCGGCAAGGCCGGCGAGGGCUACAAAUACGCCAUCGGCAUCCUCAACGAGGGUCGCAUCGGCAUCGCCGCCCAGAUGACCGGCCUCGCCCUCGGCGCGUUCGAGAACGCCGUCAAAUACGUCUGGAACGACCGCCGCCAGUUUGGCGCCCUCGUCGGCGAGUUCCAAGGCAUGCAGCACCAGAUUGCCCAGUCCUACACCGAGAUCGCCGCGGCCCGCGCCCUCGUCUACAACGCCGCCCGCAAGAAGGAGGCCGGCGAGGACUUUGUCCGCGACGCCGCCAUGGCCAAGCUCUACUCGUCGCAGGUCGCCGGCCGCGUCGCCGGCCUCGCCGUCGAGUGGAUGGGUGGUAUGGGCUUCGUUCGCGAGGGCCUUGCCGAGAAGUUCUGGCGCGACUCCAAGAUUGGCGCCAUCUACGAGGGCACCAGCAACAUCCAGCUCAACACCAUCGCCAAGCUCCUCCAAAAGGAGUACACUGCGUAG